CGCCCUCUUCAGGUCGACACCGAGAGGGCUUUUCGUCCGCUUCAAUUUCAUUUGACGAAUUCCUAGAUUUCACCAGCGGGUAUCAGGACCCGCUCUUUGACAUUUCGCAAUGCAGUAUACCGCAGCAAACAUACAGUUCGUUCCCAGCCAACGGGUCUUGUCUUGGUUCUAUCAUUCGCAGUCCGGUUCCUCAUCGACAAGUCUUCGCAACCGGAACUCGUACUCACCCGAACAAACUCCAUACACCAGAUUGUCAAAUUCAGCCAAAAGCAGUCCCCCGAAUGAACCCCCUACUAAGAUCGAAAAGCGCAAGGCCAACACCCUUGCAGCUCGCCGUUACCGGCAAAAGCGCGUUGACCAGAUGUCUGGCCUCGAGGCUGAAUUGAAGGAAGUCAAGGCUGAUCGGGACGAGUGGAAGGUCCGUUGCGCUAAGCUCGAAGGCGAGGUGGAGGCUCUUCGCGCGCUCCUGGGCUCGCACAAGUAACUUGACCGUCUCCGGGUGGCGGAUGUCUCCUCUUCCUUUGCUGUCAGCGUUCUGUUCUUGUGUCUUCGCGAACGUUGGCGAACGCCUCCUUUUAGACGAUGUUGGAAAAUUGUGCAAUCAAUGCCCCUGUUACUGUGGCUCAAAGCGGCAAAUAUAGGCUUUGGUCUUUAAAGCUGCU